AUGUCUGUCGAUUUCAACACCAACGCUGUCUCCAAAGAUGGAGCACUUUACACCAAAUUCACCUAUGAGUCUGCCACGGUGGAAAAACAAGCCAACGGCAAGCUUUCCGUCACUCCUACUGCGACAGAAUACGAGUUCAAAGUGGACUUGUCGGUGCCUAAAACAGGUUUGAUGCUCGUUGGAUUGGGCGGAAACAACGGAACUACUAUGGUUGCAGCCACUUUGGCCAAUAAGCACAAUAUCUCUUUCGAAAACAAAGAAUGUGUGGUCAAGCCAAACUACUACGGCUCUGUGACACAAUCUUCCACCAUCAAGCUUGGUGUGGACAAGGAGGGCAACGAUGUGUACGCUCCAUUCAACUCCAUUUUGCCUUUUGUUCAUCCUAACGAUUUGGUUAUUGGAGGAUGGGACAUUUCCAAGUUGCCAUUGGACAAGGCCAUGAAGAGAGCCAAAGUGUUGGACCACGACUUGCAAAGACAGUUGGUUCAGCACAUGGACAAGAUUGUCCCAUUGCCCUCUGUGUACUAUCCGGAUUUCAUUGCCAUGAACCAAAAGGAAAGAGCAGACAACGUAUUCAAUGUGGACAAAGAAGGCAAUGUCACCACUGGUGACAAGUGGAAGGAUGUAGAACGCAUCAGAAGUGACAUUCAAAAAUUCAAAAAAGAAAAUGGCUUGGACAAGGUUAUUGUCUUGUGGACUGCCAACACAGAAAGAUACUCUGACAUUUUGAGUGGAGUCAAUGACACAGCAGACAACUUGCUCAAGGCUAUUAAGGAUAACCAUGAUGAGGUCUCUCCUUCUACUGUUUUCGCCGUGGCAUGUAUCUUGGAGCAGGUUCCAUAUAUCAACGGAUCUCCGCAAAACACUUUUGUUCCUGGUGCCAUUGAGUUGGCAGAAAAGCACCAAAGUUUCAUUGGCGGAGACGACUUCAAAAGUGGCCAAACCAAAGUGAAGUCUGUUUUGGCCCAAUUCCUCGUGGAUGCCGGUAUCAAGCCUCUUUCCAUCGCAUCGUACAACCAUUUGGGAAACAACGACGGAUUUAACUUGUCUGCGCCUAAACAGUUCAGGUCCAAGGAAAUUUCCAAGCAGUCUGUUGUGGACGACAUGAUUGAGUCCAACGAAAUCUUGUACAAUGAAGAAACGGGCAACAAAGUGGACCACUGCAUUGUGAUCAAGUACUUGCCAGCUGUCGGAGACUCGAAAGUUGCCAUGGACGAAUAUUACUCGGAAUUGAUGUUGGGCGGGCACAACAAAAUUUCCAUCCACAAUGUCUGUGAAGAUUCGUUGUUGGCGACACCUUUGAUUAUUGAUUUGGUGGUGAUGACAGAGUUUUUCCAAAGAGUGACAUACAAGAAGGUUGGCAGCGAUAAGUACGAGAGCUUCUACUCUGUCUUGACAUUGUUGAGCUACUGGUUAAAGGCACCUUUAGCCAAGCCUGGCUUCAAGGCCAUCAAUGGCUUGAAUAAGCAAAGAUUGGCUGUGGAAAACUUGUUGAGAUUGUUGGUCGGAAUGCCUAUCAACAACGAGUUGAGAUUUGAAGAGAGAUUGGUUUGA